ACUGCGAUGGGAGAUUUCCCAUCUUCACUGAAUCUAUGAAGUGACUUUUAAACUGGAAGUUUUGUUUGUUUCACGUCAAACGAAGAUCUGAUCUUAAACAGACACACUGGAACAAAAGCUUUUUUCUUUUUUUUUUUAACCCGAAGAAUGAUUUUUAAGUUUUCAGAUUUUUGAUUUUGCCUGGAAACCUUGAAGAUCUGCCAAAUUCCACUCUCUUGGAUUACUGUUAGACAGAUAAACUUUGCCCACUUGAACAGCGGGGAUGCGGUCCCCAGACCUGUCCCCGCUGUCUCCGGAGGAGGCCCUCCUUCAUGGCCAGUUUGCCAGCUGGGGAUCAGGCAGCAGCAAAAGCAGCAACAACAACAGCCGCCCAAACAGCCCCGGUGCUCCCGGAGGACUCUCCCCCGCCGCCUCCUCGCCUCCAGCUCCAGCGUCCAACUAUGCCUUGACCCUCACGCACACCCACAUCCACAUUCAGCGCCUGUCGCCGCGGCCGGGAAGCGACGCUCGUCUCCUGCUGCCUUUAUCUGAACUGGUGGGGUGCAGCUGUCCCCGGUCCCCGGCGCCGCCCCUGUUAGUGCUGUACUGGUACCCGCCGGGAAAACGACGGAAGGGGGUGUCGAGACGCAGGCAGAUCCGGGCCUACCUGGCAGAGAGCAGGCCCGAAGCUGAGAGGUGGUCGGUUGCUGUGCAGUGUUUACUCAGAGACGUGGAGGUCACCGCGAGCACAGAGUUUUCAAGAUGUCUACUACCUCGUCCCAGGCGUCUACUGUUACUGGUCAACCCGUUCAGUGGAAGGGGCCAGGCAAUGCAGUGGUGUCAGACCCACAUCCUGCCGAUGGUUAGAGAGGCUAACAUUAGCUACAACCUCAUACAGACAGAACGCCAGAACCACGCAAGGGAACUUAUCAGAGAGAUCUCGCUCUCGGAGUGGGACGGCAUCGUCAUUGUUUCUGGAGAUGGCCUGCUGCAUGAGGUAAUUAAUGGGCUAAUGGAGCGCCCCGACUGGGAACAAGCAAUAAAAAUACCUGUUGGCAUUUUGCCCUGCGGCUCUGGGAAUGCACUGGCUGGCUCCAUUAACCACUACGCAGGGUAUGACAUGUGCCUUCGAGAGCCCCUCCUUUUAAACUGCUGCUUUUUGCUCUGUCGAGGUGAUGUCCAACCCAUGGACCUGAUCUCUGUGACGACGAGCCCUGCUCCCUCCAAAAACAGCCAUGCUGCAACGCCCAGGAGACUGUUUUCCUUCCUUUCUGUUGCCUGGGGCUUUGUGUCCGAUGUGGACAUUGAGAGUGAGAGGUAUCGUGGCCUAGGCUCAGCUCGCUUCACCCUGGGCACCUUAGUGAGAAUUGCUUCACUUCGAUCCUACAAGGGCCGCCUCUCCUACCUGCCUCCCUCUGUUGUCACUACGUCAUCGAACGGCACGCCUCCUCCUCCAAAGAGACCCCUCUCCCGCAGUAUCACAGAAGGUCUGGAGGGUUUCUGCAAAAUGCCAAUACAUCGUACCUGCUCUGACAUGGGCAUCAGUGAGCAGAGGAGUCUGAGAAAGGGUGAUGGGGAGAGAGAAAAGGAGGAGAGACAGAGACAGAGGGAGAGGAGAAGGGAGAGGGCCAGGGGAGGAGGGACCGGUGUAGUGAGGGCCAGCAGUCUGGCAGAGGACACAGAGAGAGAGAAGGAACUGGAGGCAGAGGAGGAGAAGUCGGGGACAAGUUCGGAGAGGUCUGGAACGAGCUCAGAGUCGACCGAAAGGGAUGGAUGCAAUAUGGGAAGGGAACGAUUGGCAGGGAUCAACGAUGAAAGGGAAGAUGAGGAAACGACAGAACAAGACUCCUGCGAGAUGGAGGAGGAUGACAGGGGGAAAGAUGGUGAAGGCAGUGGUGGUUCUGUAGAGGGAGAUGGAGUGUUACAUGCGAGGGAGCUGGGAGAGCGUGAUGGAGUCGAUAUGGGGCAAGAGGCGGAUGAAGAGCCGGGGGGUCGCGUCGCCUGCCAGGACAGGCUUCAAGAAACCAGAGAGGUAGUAAGAAAGAACUCGGCCCCUUCGAGUCAGAUCGCCGACGCUCUGAUCAGCCCGCCUCUCAGUCAAAGGGUGGACCCAGAGUCUGGCUGCUCAUACGCGCUGGAGGAGAUGGAUCUGAAUGAAACCUACUUCCAUAAAGAUUCUUACCCUCUGGAUGUGGCUCGUGAAAGAGCGCUCACCAUCUCCUCUCCGUUUCGUCAUUCUCCUUUCAGUUACAAGCAGAAGGCCCUGGACCAAAACCAAAACGCCUCCCGUCCGAGGCCCCUCUCACUCCUCCAGCACUCCAACUCAAACUCCCUCCCCCCUAAACUCCCUUCUCUCUCUUUGUCUCCCACACCGCCCUCUUCCCCUUCCUGUGCAUCCCCACGCUCAUCCUUCUACCUCGCCCCCCGCCCAAACACCCCGAAUUCUAGCUCCCCCUCUCCCUCAUUACGCACACCGUCCUCAUCUUUUAACUUUGACCUCACAGAACCAGCAGGACUGCUUAAGAGCCGUCCAUUCGUCUCGCUGCCUUUUGAUGCACCAAGGGAUGACUUGCUACCCCCUCUCGACCAACCCAUUCCCAACAGAGACUGGGUGACCAUCGAAGGAGACUUUGUCUUGGUCUUGGCCCUUUAUCAGACCCAUCUUGGUGCCGACCUCCACGCCGCACCCCAGGCCAGGUUUGACGACGGCUUAAUCCACCUGACCUUUGUGCGGGCGGGCAUCUCCAGAGCCACCUUGCUGAGACUGUUCUUUGCCAUGGAGCGAGGAACCCACCACUCCGUCAACUCGCCGUACGUCAGCCAUGUCACCUGCAAGGCCUUCAGGCUACAGCCGCUGUCUUCAAAGGGAACACUCACUGUGGAUGGAGAACUCGUGCCCUACGGGCCUCUUCAAGCACAGGUUCAUCCGUCCCUGGCCCGUCUUAUUGUUGGAGACUCUGGAGUGAAGCUGACCAGACUUUAA